GUUAACCAACUUUCACACUGACUGCUGGAGUCAACGACGGACAGAUAUGUGUUCAGCCGCACCAGCUGACCCUUUGUGAGGGUUAAAGUCAUUGUCUUUGAAUCUCCAGAAAGCGUUUAUAGCUCCUGGCGCAGCAACAAGAUGAUGCGCUUCCUGCUGCUCUUCAGUCGCCAGGGGAAGCUGCGUCUGCAGAAAUGGUUCACGCCCAUGUCAGAACGUGAGAAGAAGAAGAUCACCAGGGACAUGACCACGAUGGUGUUGGGACGGCAACCACGCUCCUGUAACUUCCUGCACUGGAAAGACCUGAAGAUUAUUUACAAGAGGUAUGCAAGCUUGUAUUUCUGCUUGGCCAUUGAGAACCAGGAGAAUGAGCUGAUAGCCUUGGAGGUUAUUCAUCGUUAUGUGGAGCUGCUGGACAAAUACUUUGGCAAUGUGUGUGAGCUGGACAUAAUCUUUAACUUUGAGAAGGCCUAUUUUAUCCUGGAUGAGUUUCUAAUGGGCGGUGAAAUACAAGAAACCUCCAAACAAAUGGUGAACCGCUCCAUCGAAGCCUCGGACAUGUUGCAGGAGGAUGACAGCAGUGAGUGGUAUGAGGUGGAGCUGUUUGGAUGACCUUGAAUAUGGACAGAAAGACCAUGGAAGAGUAUAUGAGCAAACCUGCAUUUUAACCCUGCAGAAGGGAAAUGGCACAUAAAGGAACAGCGGGGAGGAAUACAGGAACCAAAUGUACUGUGUAUGAGUCAAAGAAGUUUCUGAAUAUGGAUAUGGACUUUCCUUUGAUUCUAUUGAACAUUUUCCCAAGAAGAAAGGGACAUACUGAAUAUCUCGCCUUCUGCCUGAAGCUUUGCCGCAAUGUAACUGCAUUUUAGAGUGAGUCUAAUAUUUGCUCAGAGUCAUGCACUCAACUGAAGGAAGGGGGAGGGUUGUUUUUUCACAUUGAUUAUUGUCAUGUAAAUGAAGUAGUAAUAGAGGAUCAGGGAUGUAAAAACUGAUUUUAGGUUUGUGAAUGUGUUGAGUUUAUAUUUAAAUCAUGUAUUAAUAUAUUUGAUGUGACACUACCAGUUGAUUUUGGAGGAAAAUGUGCUAAUCUUCAGUUAUAUUUGGAAAAAAACAGUCUAAAAAAAACAACAGAUUUCAACAGACUGGACUGAUUGUGAUGAAUUUCUUACUGUUUUUAAUCUGUAUAUUUCACAUGUGUGGGUCCGUUAGUCUUUAGAAGGAGCAGUUGGUAGUGUGGGUGUCAAUAUCACUGUUUUUUUUUUAUCGUGCAAUUUGUGAUGUCGGAGCUUUCUGUAUGAUUAAAAUGUGUAUUUUGAUAAAAA